CUGUCGUGAUGGCAGUGGUCUGUUCCUGGAGGCUUGUUUUCAAUUUUUUUAGGGAUUAUUAUUGUUUUUUGGAGAGACGCGGGACCAUGCGGCCGGUCUCUGCGAUUGUUUUACCCGACUGAAAGGGAAAACCGUUCGGCUCUCUUCGGCUUCCGACUUUCCCCACUCUGAUCCGGAGCGACGAUGGUUGGUUGUCAAAAAUUACCGUCAUUUUACCGAUUUUUUUAACACUAGCGUCGUCUCGGGGUGUUGAUGCUGUUUUUAAACAUGCGCGAAUGGAAUGUAAAAUUCUUUGAACUGUCAAUUUUGCCAUCGACUCGACGCCCGUCAAAACGACCGUUAAUUUACGUCCCUAGUGACGAUGUCAGCGAGAAAACUUGUAAAGUACAUUCUCACAAACUUCGUGAAAUCCUCGAUUUUCUGAUUUUACUCGGAUAUUUUCACGUGAUUCCACCUCAGAACUCGAAAUUCGAGGGGAGAAGUCAGAAUUUGUGACCAAAAAAGUAGAAUAGAUCGAGAAAUACACGAAGAUGUCUUCGGGAAAGGUUAUACAGGAACUACCGGAGUUACAAAUAUUCAGAACAGUGCUGUAUCAUUGCGUUGUUAUAAUCGUCCUACCAGUUUUGUCAUUUUUUCUGAGUAAAAUGUUCAUCUUCGAUGGCCUAUUGGGUUUGAACACUGUUCCAAGCAAUGUUUAUUCUGCAAUUGUUGCAGUACUGGUACUCCAUGGGGCUUUAGGAGCAUUUAUUUACAGAGCAUACUUUCAACCUGACAAAGCACAAUCCAAGAAAGAUUAGAUCAUUCCCGUGGAUUUAUUUUCUACCAUUAGAUUAUAAAAUUAAUGUUUUCUAUGUGUUAGAGAUCAAUAAUUGUAUAGCAAAUUAAAUAUUCAGUUAUUCAUUUAAAAAACUAUUUUUUCCCGUUUGAAAUUGAUUUCAAAGCUCAUAAUUUACUCUAAUACCAUGGCUGUCUAAUUUCUCUCUAACUAAAAUGUUUAAUAACAUUUUUUCAACCUGAUAAAGCGCAUUCCAAAAAAUAUUAGAUCAAUCCCCCUGGAUUUUUUAUUCCCCAGUAGCUUAUAAAAUCAAUAUUUUCUACAAAUUAAAGAUUAAAAAAAAUUUUUAAUUGGAAAAAAAAAUUUUUAAAUUGAAAAUCUAUUUCAAAGCUCAUAAUUUACUAAAUUAAUAGAAAAAUGAAUACCAUGGCUAUUUAAUUUACCUAAUCUACCGCAAUUGUUCAUUAGUUUCUCUAUUAUUCCUGCAUUGAAGUGGUAAUUAUGGAAAUUCCCUCAUGUAUCACCACUUCAAUAAGCAUUUCCCACCCUGAAAAAUGAAAAAAGCACAUGGCGACAGAAAGCAAUGCACUUUGUUAUCGUUAUAAUUGUUCAGCAACUCAUUUAUUUCACCAUAAAUAAUUAUAAUCAUGUUACGUUAUUUCAUUUUCCCUAAAUUUCGGAUACACAAGGAACAAUUUUCAUUGGAUGUAAAUAUUUGUGAACAGAAUGAGGGAAGGGCUGUACGAACAAUUUAACCAUUUAUAGUGACAAGUUAUUUCUUAAUAUCAAUGUCUCGUGUAGCGAAGAAAUAUUUUCUAUGGACGUGAAUAAAGAACUAAUUGAAUGAUA